AUAUUUUUUAGUUUCCUUUUCAAUUGCAAAAAGUACUAAAAUAUCCAAUAAAUUUUGUACUAUAUAUACACUCUGUUGCUUGCAUAGAAUCGUGUGAAGCUUGAGUUUUGCUAAAUCAAGAAACCUAAAAACCCAUCUCAGAUUUUGCACUGGUUUGACAAAGAUGAGAGAAAGGAAUGUUGGAAAGUGUUUGUUAUUCCUUCUUUGUUUGAAUGUGGUCUCAAGUGUAGUGAUUGCUGCUGCUCCACCAACUUGUCCUGCUGAUGUUGGCAGUGAUUGUGGAAGUGAUUUAGGCGAAUGGGAAGGAGAGUUCUUCCCUGGAAUUCCAAAAAUUGAGUAUGAGGGUCCUUCUAGUAAGAACCCGCUUUCCUUUAAAUGGUACAAUGCCGAGGAGGAGAUUCUUGGGGAAAAGAUGAAGGAUUGGAUGAGAUUUAGCGUAGCAUUUUGGCAUACAUUCCGUGGAACAGGAGCUGAUCCAUUUGGUGCUCCUACAAAGAUGUGGCCGUGGGAAGAUGGUACCAAUUCCCUGGCUAUGGCCAAGAGAAGAUUGAGAGCGAACUUUGAGUUCCUGGAGAAACUUGGAGUAGAAAGAUGGUGCUUCCACGAUAGGGACAUUGCUCCAGAGGGCAAGACCCUUGAGGAAACAAACGCAAACUUGGAUGAAAUGGUGGCUCUUGCCAAAGAGCUUCAGGGAAAUAAAAUUCAUCUUUUGUGGGGUACUGCUCAAUUGUUCUUCCAACCUCGCUACAUGCAUGGUGCUGCUACUAGCUCCGAAUUAGGUGUAUAUGCAUAUGCUGCUGCUCAGGUCAAGAAAGCCAUGGAGGUUACACAUUAUCUUGGGGGAGAAAACUAUGUCUUUUGGGGUGGUCGAGAAGGUUACCAGAGCCUCCUAAACACAGAUAUGGAAAGAGAACUUAACCAUAUGGCAAGGUUCAUGGAAGCUGCUGUUGCAUACAAAAAGAAGAUUGGCUUCAAUGGAACAUUACUAAUUGAACCAAAGCCUCAGGAGCCAACAAAACACCAGUAUGACUGGGAUGCUGCAACUUCUGCUAAUUUCUUACGCAAAUAUGGGCUUAUAGGAGAGUUCAAAUUAAACAUCGAGUGCAACCAUGCCACUUUGGCUGGUCACAGCUGCCAUCAUGAGCUUGAAACAGCAAGAAUUAACGGUUUGCUGGGCAACAUUGAUGCAAAUUCUGGCGAUCCCCAGAUUGGUUGGGACACAGAUCAAUUUUUGAUGGAUGUCGCUGAGGCAACAUUGGUGAUGCAAACCGUUAUUAAAAAUGGAGGAUUGGCACCAGGAGGAUUCAACUUUGAUGCAAAAUUGCGGAGGGAGAGCACCGAUGUUGAAGACCUAUUUAUUGCUCACAUUGCUGGUAUGGACACUCUAGCCCGUGGCCUCAGAAAUGCUGCCAAGCUAAUUGAGGAUGGCUCGUUGAGUGAUCUUGUCAGAAAGCGAUAUCAGAGUUUUGACAGCGAGCUUGGUGCUGCAAUUGAGUCUGGGAAGGCAGACUUUGAACUGCUCGAGAAGAAGGCGCUAGAAUGGGGAGAACCUAAAGUUCCUUCUGGAAAGCAGGAACUUGCAGAGAUGAUUUUUCAGUCAGCAUUGUAGAAAUCAGAGUUUUAUACUAAGCAGCAGCAGUAGGAAAUAAUAUAGAGCCCGUUGGAUGGCUUAGAAAAAAUAUUUUUUAUGUAUGAAGUGUUUUUAAAACUUUUAAGUGCUGAAAGUUAUUUUUAUAAAUAAGCAGUUGAGUGUUUGAAUAAAAGUGCUUAUGCUGAAAAUAAAUUGUUGAUGUAUUUGCCAAAGGUGAAUUUUUUUUUAAAAAAAUUAUGUAUGAAGUGUUUUUAAAUUUUUUAAGUACUGAAAGUUAUUUUUAUAAAUAAGCAGUUGAGUGUUUGAAUAAAAGUGUUUAUGCUGAAAAUAAAUUGUUGAUGUAUUUGCCAAAGGUGAAUUU